GUGCUGAGGCCGGCGGGGCGGGGCGCGCGGUGCGAGGUGAGGCCGGGCAAGCUGGACGCCCGGGGAGGGCUUUUCUAAGAUUCGCCACCCAGUCGACACCCCGACCCCACUGCGCGCCCGGAGGCCUUACAGCCCGAGUCCCGAGGAGUAGUAGGACUCAGCCGGCUCGCCCGGCCGGGCCAUGGCGCUCGACUUCCUGGCUGGAUGCGCCGGAGGUGUGGCAGGUGUGAUUGUGGGACACCCUUUUGACACAGUCAAGGUGCGGCUUCAAGUACAGAACACGGAGAAGCCUCAGUACCGAGGGACGCUACACUGCUUCCAGUCUAUCAUCAAGCAAGAAAGUGUGCUGGGUCUCUAUAAAGGCCUGGGCUCGCCACUAAUGGGACUCACCUUCAUCAAUGCACUGGUGUUUGGGGUGCAGGGUAACACCCUCCGGGCCCUGGGCCAAGACUCACCACUCAAUCAGUUCCUGGCGGGUGCGGCAGCAGGCGCCAUUCAGUGUGUCAUCUGUUGCCCCAUGGAACUGGCCAAGACAAGGCUGCAGCUGCAGGCAGCGGGCCCUGCCCGUGCCUACAAGGGCUCCCUGGAUUGCCUGGUACAGAUUUACAGGCACGAGGGCCUGCGCGGCAUCAACCGGGGCAUGGUGUCCACACUCCUGCGGGAGACGCCCAGCUUCGGGGUCUACUUCCUCACUUACGAUGUACUGACGCGUGCCAUGGGCUGCGAGCCAGGCGACCGCCUGCUGGUGCCCAAGCUGCUGCUGGCGGGCGGCACAUCGGGCAUCACCUCCUGGCUCUCCACCUAUCCCAUGGACGUGGUUAAGUCGCGCCUGCAAGCCGACGGGCUGCAGGGAACCCCUCGCUACCGCGGCAUCGUCGACUGCAUGCGGCAGAGUUACCAGGCCGAGGGCUGGCAAGUCUUCACAAGAGGGCUGGCCUCCACACUGCUACGUGCCUUCCCGGUCAACGCCGCCACCUUCGCCACGGUCACUGUGGUGCUUACGUACAUCCGGGGUGAGGAGGAUCAGGUAGACAGCGAGGCAGCUCCGGGCACCUCUACCACUCCUGCCGGGCCAGCCCUGGCCCAGCCGUCCAGUCUGUGAUCCUGUCUGUCCCACCAACUUUGUUGGUGUGACACAGGGGGGAAUAUGGCUCCUCCGCCAAUCUUCUUGCUCAUUGGCCAGUGAUGCUAGCCAGUCUACACCCCACUGGCCUCCUAUUUUCUUAGCUGUAAAAUGGGGACUCUUCCUCAUACGGGGUACAUUCGGGGAGAUCAAGCCUAGCUAAGUCUGCACUCUGCAGACAGCUGCCAGCCAGAAUCUUCCGAGCCCAGCACUCCCAGGGGUUAUCUCUUGAGCCAACUGUUACAAACCGGCCAAGGACCCACCCGUUCCCCAGAUCCUCCAUUGACCAUGUCUUACCGUUAGGGACAGUGGCAGCACACAAUGCUCUGGGCAUUGCAGAGCAGCCCUGCCUCCAUGGCUAGCUUCUCCACUGCUGCUCCUGAACGGCAGAGCAGGGUCGAGGCCCUGGCACCAAGCUUGUGGACGAUUGAGCCAGUGUAGAGCCUGAAUGGAAGCAGACAGGCCACUGGCCUCAACGUCUCCACAGGGAAAUUGUGUAACAGCUGUGGCAGGACAAAGUCGUCUUACCUCUGAGCCUUAGGCUACCUGUUUGUAGGAUGGAGGCCUGGGUCAGCUGAUGUCUGGCUCUCUUAGUGCCACCCAGGAUUCCCAGUGGUAGGUAGGCAGAGGGUCCAGGAGAACACUGUGGGAUCGGCCCAUUUCCCAGUAAAUGCCAUCCUUCUGGGUACUGUCAGUGCCUGUGCCUGUGAAGGCACAGAGGUCUUGGCACCAGUACAGAGUUGCCAGUUUGCACCUGCCUGGGCAGGGGAAACUGAGCUCUGGCUGUCCGUCACCAUUGUACUGUCCUCUAAAGGAAUAAAGUCGUUUUCCAGUGUGUGAAGCUCC